UCCUGGGUACAGAAAAAAAAUAAUUUGGACGGAUAGUGAGCCAGUAGCCAUAUCAGUUAUCACGUAUACGCAACCAUUCGUACUAUUCAUGGAGUAACGAUGGCACAAGUUAUUUAUAUAUGAAAAAUAGAUGAUGGCGAAGGAUUAUUAUAAUCAUUAUUAUAAUUACUAUAAUUAUUGUAAUAGUAUUUUUUUUUGUUUACUCAUAAAUGUUGACAACUAAGUAACUAAAUAAUUAUUUAUGUUAUCAGCCAGGUAUUUAUGUCAUUCGUAAAUGAAAAACAGGCUCCUGGUUUACUCUGUGAUAAUUUUUAAAAGUUUAUGUUCAGACAGUUGUAAAUUAUAAGUGUGUUAUUUAUUAUUUAUUACGUUUUUUUUUGUUUUAAUUAUCGCUAUUGAUAUUUGAUGAUAAAUUUGUAUGUUGAUGUAACACGUUGGAGACUAUUUAAUCUCAAUGUAAUUUUAAAAGACUGCAAUGACGCGUCAAGUUGAAUUAAUUAAUUGUUUUGGUUUUUUUUCAAUAAAAUUAAUCGGUAGUUAUUGUAAAUUUUUUGUUACUGAGUAACAUUUAUGAGAAUCACCAGCCAGAGGUGAGUCUUAGACUUGAGAAGAAUGGCAAUCAGAAUAACACUUGAAUGCGGGCACACGUCGAUGUUGAGAGCCCGGACUACUCCUGAAGGAUACACCCACGACUGGGAUUUGUAUGUCAGAGGUGUUGACAAUGCGGACAUAAGCCAGUAUAUUAAGAAAGUUGUCUUUCAACUACACGAUACCUUCUCGAACCCCAAGCGUAUUCUCAAGAGUCCGCCGUAUUCGCUCAAGGAGUCGGGCUACGCUGGUUUCUUGCUGCCUAUUUUUGUUUAUCUGAAAAAUAAUGACGAGCCUAAAAAAAUUCAGAUACAGUACGACUUGCAAUUACAAGAGAGUGGCCCUCCUAUCAAUAAUGUCAUACGUCAUUCAGAAUUAUUUAUCAAUCCGUCAGAUGAUUUUCGUAGAAAAUUAUUGAAAGGCGGUGGUGUGGUGGUAUCAAGUAUUGAAGAAGGACAUGAUAAAAGUGAAUCAAAACUAUCUGUUCCAAUGGUCGGUAAACCAAAACUAAGUGGUAGUGAUGCUAAAAAACAUCGCGUUAUUGAACCAAAAACUACAGCAGCAUUUGUUGAUUUAUUUGGUACGCCAGUAAGUAUAACAAAAGUAUCGCCGGAAAAUAAAAAUAAGACUGGUGAUAAAACGAGUUAUCAAAAAUUACCACCUGAUAAAUCGGAUAAAAAUGAUAACAAGGCUAAUAAAACAAAACACAGUCCUCAUAAGGAUGGCAAACGUGAUAAAAGUAAUGGUGAAGAAAAAGAGAAAAAAGAUAAAAAAGGUAAAGAUGUUACGAGGGAUAAAGAACGGAGUAAAGAGAAGAGCAAACGACCUCCUAGUCCCGUGAAUAGUAAAAAUAGUCAUCCGAGUCCUAGUAGUAAAAGACCCCCCUCGCCGGGAGUUGCAGCUGUCAAGAAGCAACAGCUCAGCCCCCCGGAAUCGGGGACUACGGUUAAGUCUUCGUCGCCUAAAAUACGUGAGAAAGAUCACAAAAAAUUGGUGACGGAGAAACCGAGUAGUAAAGAUAAAGAUAAAGUCAAGGAGGCUCCUAAGAGUGCGGCUGCUGGUGGGGGUGGGACUGCUGGUGCUAGUGCCGGAUCACUCGAGGAAUUGAAGAAUGAUAAGAAGAAGAAAAAAUAUAAAGAUGAUAAAGAUAGCGAGCGCAAGGACAAGGCGCGUGAAAAGGACCGUGAUAAAGUUAAAGAACCAAAGAGUUCGGAUAGUAAAAAGAGUCUGGAUAAAUUGGAUAAACAUGAUAAGGUUGAGAAAGACAAUAAAGUCCAGGAGAGCAAGCAGCUGAAAGAUGUUAAAAAAUCACCCAAACCUGUCAAAGAUGAUCGCAGCAGUUCUAAAUCCAGGAGCGAUAAGUCCGAGGUGGUGGAUAAGGUGGAGAAGGUAAAAGAUGCGCGCAGUGAUAAGGACAGACAGAAACACAAGCACCGGAAAAAAGAGAAAAAGGAGCGGACGGACGACAGCCGCGAACGCGAGAGACGGGACAAGAGGGAUAAACAGAAAAAUUAUGAAAAAGAUUCAGUUGCUGUUACGAGCAAUCCGCCCCAGACUAACUCUUCAUCUACUGCGGAUACUCAUGAUCGUGACAAUAGCAGCGACUCGGCCAACUCUGCUGACGAAGAGGACUCCAAGACUUUGACGAGCCUGAAAAGUGAACAAGAGACUGUUAGAAAUACUGGUGGGUCAGAAAGUCGACCGGCAAGGCCGUUAUCACCAGGUUCUGAUCAUGUGAAACGUGAACGCCCGGACAAAGUAAAAAAAGAUAAAUUAAAGCCCGUUCGUGGGAGCAGUGCUGGUACUGGUAGUACAGCUGCUGGAGGUGGAGCGGGAGGGGCUGGAGGUAACACUGGUAAUGAUGAACAGCGGGACAAUAAAAAAAGAAAAAGACGCAGUGACAGCAAAGGUGAGGACGAGGCUCCAGCAGUUAAACGUGAAAAAGACACUGGAUUCUCGCCACCAUUAGAACCCGUAUCUUCAAGCCAAUCACCAGUGACCGUUGAAGUGACAGCCGGGUAUCCGACAGUGAAAGAAUUGCCCGAAGAAAUGGAAACAGCGAAACAAGAAUUCGAGCAUGAAACCGAACAAAUAGCCCCCGACUCGACCAAUAGCGUACUGAUUGAAUCGGAAACAGACGAGCCUUUAGUAUUUUCCGAAGACUACGUGUCCCAGCUUAAAGACUUGCAGCAAAAAAUAAUGACCCUCCAGGACAAUCAAGAGCUACAGCGUGUCGUCCAAGUAAUAGCGGCCACUGGCCAGUAUGAAAUAACCCGCAAGACCUUUGACUUCGACCUCUGCGCCCUGGACCGCAGAACAGUACAACGCUUGCAGCAGUUCUUCUCUGCGUCUUGACAACUCAAUAACUAAAUCAAUUAUUAUUAUUUAAUUUAAUCAAUCAAUUCAUCAAUUGAUUUAUUAUUAUUAUAAAUAUAUUAUAUAUAUUAAUAAUAUAAUAGUUAUAAUUAUAAUUUAUAUUUAUAAAACUAUCCAAGUAAUUAGUACUCGGUUGCACAGUAUGAAGAUAAUAUUAUUAUUAAUUAUUAUUAUUUAUAGGUGUAAGUAGAUAAAAUUAAAUUAUAUGAAUGUUGGUUUAUUAAUUAAUUAAUUAAUAAUAUUAUUAUCAUUAAUACUACGUACUAUCCAUGUACUAAGUAUGUACAUCACCGUUGCGCCAAACUUAGUGAUCAUUGUUUUAUUUUACUAACCUCAUUGCCAAAAAAUAAGUUGACAUUUUGUUAAUGUGUCAUGUCAUGAGUAUUCAGUAUGCAUCUAUUUAACGUAAAGGAGAGUUAAAAAAAAAAAUAACACGGGGUAUUGGUACCAUUUUUGGACACUGGAGUCAGUUUUGGAUACUAAACAUUUGUAAAAUAUGCAAUGACAAUUUUUUUUUUUAAAUGUCUUCGAAGAAGCUUUUGUCACACAAGUGAUCAUUUUUUUUAUACUUCUUCAUUAAUUACGGAUAUUCUCAGUACUCCCCACUCAAAAAUAUUCAACAACUCAAUGCUACUAAAAUUUUAUUAAUUAAUUAAAAAAAAAUUAAAGUAUUAAUUUUUAAAAAUUACUUAUUAAUGAGGAGUAAAAUGGAAUUUGGUAAAUAAAUUUCAGCCCAAAAAACUUGAAAAUUUGAAUUAUAAUUUGAUUUAUUUACCAAAUUUCGUUUCACUCCUCGUUGAUAACAACAGUAAUUUUUUUAAAAAUCUAUACCUCAGAGAAACUUCUCUUGAACUUCUCUUAAAUUAAUGCUUUAAUUUUUCACCAUACCUACGUCGAAAGUUUAAAUUCCUGCCCUCUCUAUAUGGAAGAAAGUCGUUCUUUUCCUUUAUGAAAAAAAUAAUAAAAAUUAGCGCAUGCGCCAUUCCUCCCACUCACAAGCAAAAAUUUAAACUUUCAGAUGCAGAUCUAGUGCAAAAUUUUAUACAUCGCGUGUUUACCUUCGGCUUGAGUAGCAAAUUUUAUACGCGACUUAGAAUGUCCUACUUCCUUCCCUAGGUGUGUAAUAUACUAAUUAUAGUUUCAGCUUAAUUAUAAAUUGCAAAUUACAAUUUACGCUUACGCUAAUAGUGAUCACACCAUCGAUCUUAAAUUAACUCGUUUCUUACUGGCCGCUGACACUGGAAUUGAAAAUUUCAAUGCAGGUAAUCACAAAAAAUAUUGUGUGACCCAGGAUUAAAUACGAUUUCAAACUCCGGGUGUCAGCUCAAGGGCAGCCAAUUUCACCCUGGUCUAAAAUUGUUUUCUUUCAUCCUUUGUUGGGGGUCUGAGAAUUUCCUAAAAAUAAAGUAUUAAAUUUCCAAAAACUGAUCAGUGCCCAAAAAUGGUACUUGUACCCUAAUACAAGUUAAAUAUAGAGUGUCGGUAGGUAUUUUUUACGUAAUCAUAGGAAACAUGAAUGAGUAAUGUUGGAAAUAGUGUAAUUUCAUUAAUAUCAUAAAUCAAAUAAGCUAGAGGAAGAUCUAGAAGUCAUUAAGCCGCUACCACGAGUAAAUGAAAUUAUUGUCAAGUUUAUUUAAUUAUUAAUUAAGUAUUUCAAGUAAAAAAAUAUAUAUAUAUAUAAAUAUAAUUAUUAAUAAUAAUAAUAGUAAUUUGUUGGGUUUUUUUUUCGUAUCAGCACUCGAUGUUCGCAUUUGUGGCUAUUUAAUAAAGUACGUAAAUUUAAUUAAGUUAAUAUGAGUAAAAAAAAAUUAGGCCAAUCUCUUAUUAUAAUAAGAAUAUUAAUAAUUAUAAUAAUAAUCAUAAUAAUAAUAAUAAUUAUAAAAAUAAUAAUAAUAAUAAUAAUAAUCAAUUUAUAUAAAAUUUCAUAAAUUAUAUUUUUCGACAAAAUUUUCGAUUGUAAAUUGACAUAAAAAUCUUUAAUUAUACGAUUUAUUAUAAAGAACAAAAAAAAAUGAAUUAAAAAAAAAAAUGAAUAAAAUUUAUUUAACAAUAUUAUUAUUAUUAUUAAAGCCGUAUCGAUUAGGCAAUAAAAAAAUCAGUAUGUGAUUUAAUAAAGAGAGUGAGCUCAGCAAAGCCGCGGUCGAUAAAUUUUUGAAAUAAUGUAAAACGAAAUGAAUCAAUGGAGCUAAAAAUUAAUAUGAAAUGUAAUGUAAAAAAAAAUACUCUUUUGAACAAAACAUGUGUGCGUUUAAAUAAAGAACGACUUGCAUU